AUGUCAACUGUCGAAUCUCCCCUCGCAACAAAAGCACACCAGGGUGCGAAACCGCAGGAGGGUACUUCUGAUGUGUCAAAAGCCGAUCUCGAGGCUCUUUUUGCAGAGGAAAGACCUGGGUGGACUGGUUAUGUCGAGUGGGAGCAAUAUCCAGACAAGAAGGAGAUGGCAACGAAGAUCUUGGUCACUAAAAAGUUCACUCCUAUCCCUGAAUUCCAAUUCGUACCACUGCCAAAUACCAACCCAGUUCUAAUUGGACAUCGCUGGAAGGAAUAUCAUGAGGUUUUAGGGUUGAAGAGUAUUGUUGAUUUCAGCUGGGAGACUGUACAGAAGGAAAAACAUGAUUUGAUCCAUAUCCUCGAUUUUCCUUAUAACGGAGAAACCAGACGGCCCCAACUCCUUGAGGGAAAGAUUACCUCGAAUGAAUAUCAUUUUGUCCGUAAUCAUGGAGGUGUCCCUAAUAUUAAGGAGGAUGAGUUCGAGCUCGAAAUUGGAGGUCUGGUUAAGACCCCUGUCAAGCUAUCCAUGAAGGAUCUCAAGGACCCGUCCAAGUUCCCGUCAGUGUUUUUCGUACCAUCUCAUAAGGCUUACUCAAUCCAACAUCCAACAGGCAAAUCGAGAUGA